CUAUCGGACCUCAGAAUGUCAUCCAAAUGCGCACUGAUCUUUGUCCUGGCGGCUCUCUGCUGCCUGGUGGCCACCGAAGCAGCCACUCAGCGUCGCAAUGGCGCCAUUCGCCCCGUCGAGUUUGAGGCAGCCGACGAGACCAAGAACGGCAAUGAAGUUGAGGCAAAGCGUGAACAGGAACUCGAAGAGGAGGAGGACAAAGAGACUGACGAGAACAACACCCUUCAGAUUAACCAGAACCACAGCGGCGCAGUCAGCAAGCAGGACAACCUCAAGGAGACCAUUGUGAAGCCAAGCAAUGAUGAUGCCCGUGCUCGUCGUGUGCGCCGUCGUCGUGGUCCUAGCCGCACCAGGAACUCUCGUCGUCGUCGUCGCAAUGGCAACAACCGUCGUCGUCGUCGUGGUCCCAACAACCGCAGGCGUCGUGGCCCCAGCCGUCGCCGCAGCACGAUCAGGAGACGUGGUGGCAGGCCACUCCGCGGUUAAGACACUUUCUACAGGACACAGGAACGAACACACGGCAAAACAAAGAAUGGAGUUAAACAGAGAAUCACACACACACCCAGGCUAACACACACACACACAAGGCAUUGAAGCAUUGAACUGAUUGAUGCAUGUGUUAUAUUUAUUCCACCUUCCGCCCUUUGUAAAAAACGAAAUAUCCUAAAUAUA